UGUUUUGAUUUUUAUCGUUGUUGAGAGGUUAUGUUUGUUAGCAUGUGAGGAUAGGAUAUAAAUAUUUCAGAUGAAAAACUCGAAUUGUUACGUAUUGAAUGUAAAAUGUAUCGAUUAUUUAAGUAUCAAACGACACGAUCGAAUUCAUUAGCCACAAUACCAUUUAAUGCCGAUACAGGUUUAACAGGGAAAUCAUGCCAAUUUUGUAGAAUACUACAAAGCUACAGCAAGGUUCCUCAUCGUUACCAGUCAACAUCCUUGAAUCCGAAUCCACUAAAUACAGGUAAGGUUAGGAAAAGGAGAUCAAAGAAAAACAGCACAACAGAGCUUGUAGAAGUUUCCGAUAAAUCAACACUCCAGCUCAUGACCAAAGUACAAAAGGCAAAUGUGAACGAUCUGCAAAAGCUUCUACUAAUGAGUCCACAAAUUAAUAAUUUAGAUAGUCCUAAAUCGGGUGCCUUCUCAUCAGCAGUACACACAUAUGACAAUUUGAGCGUAUUGAAUCCAUCUAGUAGAGAGAAUAUCGGUUUAGUAACUUUAACUGAAAAAGAUUGGAGAAUCUUGACAAUGCUUGGGUUCAAUGAUCCCUCCAAAAUUCCCAGUGGAGAGUUAUUUUCUAAUGAGGAUGUUCCAGAAAUUUCAGUAGUUGAUGAGGAUAGUUUUGAAGAAAUUUCUAUUAAUGAAGAUUAUCCACUAGAUGAGUCACUAGACGUCUUAGACAGCAUUUCAACCAUCGACCCUAUUUUAGAAGAAGAUUGUAUAAAAGAGGAUGUCCAGGUUGAUGAAAAAAAUAAAAAGCGAAAGAAAGAAACUAAAAAAGUCAAAGAAAUGCCGGAAGAAGUUAAAUUUCAUUUAACUAAAAAAAGGAAAGAAAUGAUGUUGAAAACUCUAGCUGCUUAUGUUGAAACCUGUGUUAUUCAAAAAAUGACUAAAAGGGCUGAAUAUGCAAUAUCCUUUUAUAAACAUAGGAGUGUUAUGUUCAAAACUGUUAUUGAUGAUGUAAAUAUUUAUAAUGCAUUUUUGAAAACCCAUGCUACUAGAGGGCACAUGAAAGAAAUUUUUGAUACACUACAAAAAAUGGAAAAAGAAAAAAUCAUUCCAAAUCUUCAGACCUACAUCAUAUUACUGUAUGGUUAUGGAAAAUCUUCUAUAAAAGGAUUAAAAUACAAGAAUAAGGUAGAAAUGUAUAUCAAAGAAGCUGAAAAGGGGGGUUAUAAUUUCAAUAAAUUAAUGAAUGAAGGUGUAUUUCUAAAUGAUGAAAGAACCAUUGUUCUGAAGACUAUGAGGAUAUUUGAUCCAAAAUUUGAGCCUACCUAUAACGCUCCACUAGUGCAAUAUAACAAUGAAUUAGUCAAUAACUUGAACCAUCAAGAUCAGUUAUUGCCUCCCAAAAAGGGACCAGAAUGUGAUGGAUUAUUUAGUUCAAAUGACUUGAGAAAGAGAGUUCUUGAGCAACUUGAUCAGGAACAGCAAAUUUCUAUAACUGUCAGAAAUAUCGAAGCAGUUGAAGCACCGACAGAGGAAACUCUGAGAUGUAGAAAAUAUUUAGAAGAAUUGCAUAAAAGUUGGACAGUAGCUGCAACUGAAUCGUUUAAAAAAAAUCUAUGGUGUCUAAUGAAUCAAAGGGGAAACCUUAACUAUGAUAUUUAUUUGAAGUGCAUUCCCAUGGAAGAUUUUAUCACAAUAAUAGUUGAAGAGGCUAAGAAAUUGUCGCAAGGCUCGGAGACAUAUAGUCCCACUGUAAAUAUGUUAUACAGGGAUUUAGGAAAUCAAGUUUAUAGGAGGUAUUUAGUAUUGAGGCGAAAAAAUACUGGGGUGCUUGACAAAAUUUUAUCAAUACACAAAGAAUACUGCGACCAUUAUGCAAGUUCACACAAAAACCUAGCUGUCCUGCCAACUAAUGUAGAUAACCUAAAUCCCAGGCAGAAAUGGCAGUGGUUGGAACAUAACCUCAAACCUGUCGGUUCCACGUUAGAUAUGGAUCAUAGAGAGUGGGUUAACCCAGUUCUCACACAUAUCGGAAAAUUCCUUUAUCAAAUUAUAAUGCACGAUCUCAAGGUAGACGUGAAUUGUAUGAAGCCAAAUUCGAAGCAAGAGAAAAAUUUUCCGGCUUUCUAUAACAUAUUCAGAUAUGAAAAUCGCAAACUGAGGGAAGAAGUGAAACCUCACCCGGUUCUUGUUAAAUUAAUGAAAGCAUCCGUUCCCGAAACUCUGUCGUUUCCGGUGGAUGAAGUGCCUAUGGUGUGUCCACCAGUACCGUGGACCUCGACAGGAAACGGCGGUUACCUCAUAACUCCCAGUGAAAUGGUCAGAUUGCCCCUAUAUGCCCAGGCGCAAAAAAAAAUCUUGAAAGCUACGCCAGUUCAGAAUCUAUACCCAGUGUUCGAUUCGUUGAAUCAAUUAGGAUCUGUUCCUUGGAAAGUUAAUAAAAAAAUCUUGGAUGUGAUUACGGAGGUAUUCAACAAUGGUGGAUCGGCCAAACUCGACGUGCCUGAACCCACUUCUUCCCUAGCACCCCCAGUACCACCGCCUAACCUUCAAGACUUGGAUAAGACAGAGCGUCAAGCUUUCCUGAAGCUGAAGAUGCAGUAUCAAAGAAGGAAAGCCGAAAUGUAUUCACUGAGGUGCGACUGUUUGUAUCGAUUGUGUCUAGCACAUCAUUUUCAGGAUAAAGUAUUCUGGCUGCCUCAUAACAUGGAUUUUAGGGGGAGGGUGUAUCCGUUACCUCCCCAUCUGAAUCACUUGGGCUCCGAUUUGGCUAGGUCCAUGUUGGUCUUUGCAGAACCGAGACCUCUGGGACCGAACGGUUUGAACUGGUUGAAAAUUCACCUCAUCAACUUGACGGGGCAGAAGAAAAGGGAUAGCGUGAAAGAUAGGCUUCAGUACGCCAACGAGUGCUUGGAUCUGAUCUUUGACUCUGCCGACAACCCGUUGGACGGUAAAAGAUGGUGGACUGAGAGCGACGAGCCAUGGCAAACGCUCGCUUGUUGUAUGGAAAUAGUGGACGUUAUCCGAUCAGGGGAUCCGGAAAACUACAGAUCUCAUUUUCCGGUCCAUCAGGAUGGCAGCUGUAAUGGAUUGCAACAUUACGCGGCGCUGGGUAGGGACAAGGCUGGUGGCUACAGUGUGAACUUAUGCCCUGCUGACGUUCCGCAAGAUGUAUAUAGCGCGGUUGUGACCCUUGUCGAAGAAAGGAGAAAACUUGAUGCUGAAAGAGGUGUCCAUAUCGCUAAAAUACUGGAAGGACACGUAAAACGCAAGGUAAUCAAACAAACAAUCAUGACUUCUGUGUAUGGGGUCACAUGGUUUGGUGCUAGGCUUCAAAUAGCCAAACAGUUGAAAGACAUUGACGAUUUCCCGAAAGAUCAAGUUUACACCGCCUCGAAUUACCUAACAACAAAGACGUUUGAGUCAUUACGUUCCAUGUUUACAUCCACUAAAGAAAUUCAGGAUUGGUUUACGGAAUGUGCAAAACUUAUAUCUUCCGUUGCUGGACAACAUAUAGAAUGGGUUACCCCAUUGGGGUUGCCUAUUGUACAACCUUACAUCAAAUAUCGUGUACACAAAAAAAAUUCAGUGUACGAACCAUAUCUGGAUGACAAAUUCGAGAAACCGAACGUUGUGAAACAUAAGAACGCUUUCCCGCCAAAUUUCAUACAUUCAUUAGAUUCUAGUCAUAUGAUGCUAACAUCUUUAAAUUGCGAAAGGAAAGGAUUAACUUUCGUCUCUGUCCACGACUGCUUCUGGACACAUCCCUCAACAGUUGAAAUAAUGAAUAAAAUAUGUCGUGAACAAUUCGUAACAUUACAUUCUCAGCCCAUUUUAGAAGAUUUGAGUCUAUAUUUGUCACAAAAGUACAGUUACAGCGAUUCCGUUUUAGCUAAUGACGGAUCAGUGCUAGAUUUAACGAAGAAAAAAAUGAAUAAGGUAUUAUGUAAUUUGCCAAGAACUGGAGAUCUAGACAUAAACCAAGUUUUGGAAUCUGUUUACUUCUUUAGUUGAAAGUUGAAUGUGAUAAAUAUAUAUAUGAUUAUAUAA